AUGGGCCCGGACUUGCGUUUUGGCGCCUGCAAAGAACUAGAAUCAGAUCCAGCGCUUUUUACUCUUCUAGUGGAGGAAUUCGGCUGCAACGAGGUGGAAGUCGAGGAAGUCUACGACUUGGACUCGCUGGAGACGCUCUCGGCCGACUCGUUCGGACUCAUCUUUCUCUUCAAAUGGGCGAACUCGAUCGCCCAGAACAGCCGUUCGUUCGGAAGCAGGCGAAACCGCGCGAGCAGGAACCCUGAGUCCAGCCCCGACGAGAAUUCCACAGCUUCGGACGAGAACGGAAACGUGACGCUCUUCGACGCGGCUAUUUCGCAGCGGCUGUUCUUUGCCCACCAAGUGGUGCCGAACUCUUGCGCUUCGCACGCUCUGCUCUCGGUGCUUCUUAAUUGUUCAGAUAGACUGAAUCUCGGCGCCUGGCUGCUGGAAAUGAAGGAGAAGCUCUGCCAAAUCGAAGACCCGGAGCUGCGCGGCUUUGCGAUCGGCAACAUGCCCGAGUUCAUCGCCAAGCACAACCGCUUCGCCUGCUUCGAGCCGCCCAGCAUCUCCGACUUGGCCGGUGCGACGACCACUUCGCUGGGUCAGGGCGAGACCUUCCACUACUGCUGCUACAUUCCCUACGAAGACUCCCUCUACGAACUAGACGGGCUCAAGGCCUGGCCGAUAAAUCAUGGACAGACUGGGGGCCAGUGGCUUGAGAAAGCGAAGAACGUAAUCAGUCUGCGAAUAUCCCGCGCUCGCGAGAAAGACCAAGGCUGCCACGACAUCCGCUACAAUUUGAUGUCUGUAGUUCCUUCCCGCAAGCUUCGGAUCCGAAAGCAAAUCGUCGAGCAGCGAGGGGAAUUGACGAACAAGCUCAGAGUGCUCAACAGAUUGGCUAUUUCCAAGGCGGAGAAAGAUGCUACUUUGGAAGAGGUUGACGAAGCUAGAAAAAGCGUGAGAAAAGCGCUGGAAAUCGGCGAGGACAAGGAACUGAAUGGAGUCGACAACGUCAAGCAAGAAAGCCUCCCUCAGAACGUCGAGGAAUUCUGCUCGCUCGUCAAGACCAGUUGCCAAGAAUUUGAAGAGCUGCGGAUUAAGUUCGAAGAAGAAGACGAGAAACACUUGCGCUACGAACGCGACGCUGAAAGGAGGAGUCAUGACUACGGACUUUUCAUUCAAAAGUUCAUCGAGUUUCUGCACCGGAACGGCUCGCUGCAGCACGUGAUCGACGAGAGCCAGACAAAAGCGAUGCUCUCCAGUCGGAUGCGAAAGAAGCCCAAGUCCUUUUCGUGA